ACAUACACACACACACACUCCCAAGCUGCUUAACAGGCAGGAAAAACACAGACUCUGGCUGAGUCUGCAGCCUGGUACUGCAGGACAGGACAGAGGACACCAAGAAGUACAAGAGGAGAGGAGAACCAGAGGGAGAAACCCUCUUGCCUGCUUCAUCUCCGAGCAACAGUUCCAUCGCUGUCAUCUGGGAGGUCCAGGGCUCUGGGGAGUCCUUUAAAGACAAGCUCCCAAAAAGAGGGGGGGAGGCAGCAAGGGCAGGAGCAAGGGCAAGUGAGGCUUCUCCUGGAAGUUACCGUGGAUGUCUUCUCAGCAUCCUAAUGAAAACAGGCGGGAACAGAGGCGUAGUGUCGCGUACAAGAUGGCACGGCGAGCAGGGGGCGAAGCCUCCCCAAAAAAGAACACAUCCCUCAACCUGGUGACAGGCUUCUUCCACUACCUCCGCGAUGAGCAGGAGGCAGUGCAGAAAAGGACAUUCACGAAAUGGAUCAAUUCCCACUUGGCAAAGCAUGUCCCACCUCUGGUGGUGAAAGACCUGUUUGAGGACAUCAAGGAUGGUGUGAUGCUACUGGCCCUGCUUGAAAUCCUCUCGGGACACAAACUGCCAUGUGAGCAAGGCAAGAAACUAAAGAGGAUCCACUGGGUCGCUAACAUCGGUACAGCACUCAACUUCCUUGAGGGUAGAAAGUCGGCCUACAGAGGAUCUCCGAUCAAGCUCGUCAACAUCAACUCCACAGACAUUGUCGAUGGACGACCAUCCAUCGUGCUGGGAUUGAUGUGGACCAUAAUCCUUUACUUCCAGAUUGAAGAGCUAACCAGUAGCCUACCGGCGCUCCAGGCAAGCAGCACCUCCUCACUGGACAGCUCCAACAGCAGCACUGAGGCCACCAGCCCACCUGUCAAAAGAAAACUCCUCCCACCUCAGGGUGGAGUCAGGAAGGCUUUAUUGAGAUGGGUUCAGCAAUCGGCCACCAAACGUGUUGGGCUCGAGGUGAAAGACUUUGGCCCCAGCUGGCGCACAGGUUUAGCAUUCUUUGCAGUUAUCCAUUCCCUCCGGCCCGAUCUAGUUGACAUGGACCAUGUAUUGGGCAGGCCCAACCGUGAAAAUCUGCAGGAAGCCUUUUCAUUGGCUGAGACUGAGUUAGGCAUCCCACAACUUCUUGACCCAGAAGAUGUUGACGUUGACAAGCCUGAUGAGAAAUCCAUUAUGACAUAUGUGGCCCAGUUCCUGAAGCAUCAUCCUGACCGAAAGCAAAGCGACUCAGACGGACAUCCUCAAGAUGAGCGUCUUGCUCCUCGCGAUAUAGAGGAAAUGUUAGAGAGAGAGCAGCGAAAGAGCCUGAGGGAGCUUAAAAUGUGGCUCGACCAGCUGGAGAGAGAUGCAGUGCAGACUCAGGGGACUAGGGGCAAUCUCACUCAACAGUACCAGUCGUUUAAGAGUCUUCGUGUCCAGUUGGAGAUGACGAGGAAACAGGUAGAGGGAGCUUUACAGUCCACUCAGAGAGACGGGAUACUGACUGUGGAUCAGGCUCUGGUCAAACAAGCCUGGGAAAGGGCCUCCAAUAGGCUCCUGGACUGGCAUCUACACCUGGACAGGUCUCUCCCUGCUCCACUUGACAUGGUGGGAGAGUGGCUGCAUGAGGCUGAAGGAGCGAUGCGACAAGAGAUCACCGCCCAACAAGCACACGAUGUAACAGCAAAGACUGUGCACAGAGCUUUGGAGCAACACAAGGAUGUGUUGAAGAACUUGGAAAGUCACCAGCAGGUCCUUCAAAGGAUCCAUAUGGACAGAAGUGUCGAUGGAGUUCCUGUUCCCUCAGAGCAACUCCAAGACAUGGCUGAGAGGAUGAAUUUUAUCUCUACAUCCUCCAGUAUCCACCUGGCAAAGAUGGAGUUCUUGGAAAACAAACACCACAUGCAGGCCUUUCUUGGUCUCGCAGAGACCAAGCUCAAAUCCUGGAUCAUCAAAUAUGGCCGUCAGGAGUCCGUCGAACUGAUGCUCCACAACUAUGUCUCAUUUGUGGAGAAGCAACAUUUCUUUGAAAAUUAUGAAGCAUUGUUCCAAUCGCUGAAACACUCUGCUGAGUCCUACGUCAGCGCUGACAGCUCAGUGGAUGAGGGUGAGAUGGGAGUGCGCAGGUUCAUGCGUGAGGUGGUGACUCAGUGGAGGAGUCUGUCCAUGGAGCUUCGCAGUGUGAGGAGCAUGCUGGAGGAGGUGAUGUCAAACUGGGAGCGGUACAGCUCCAUUGUGGCCUCCUUACAGGUCUGGCUGGAGGAUGCAGAAGAAGCCCUGAGCCAACCAGAAAACAAUAAGAGGGAGUUUUUCAGGAAUCUCAGCCACUGGAUGGAUCAACAUGCAACCAUGAACGACUCAGGGAACUUUCUCAUUGAAACGUGUGAUGAGACUGUGUCCCUUGAGAUCAAGCAGCAGUUACUCAUCUUGAAUGGACGUUGGAGAGACCUCUUCCUCAAUGUCAAACAAUUUGCUAGAGUUGAGGAGCUGGAGAGGUGGCGAAAAGACCACAUGAAGGCUGUGUUGGCCCUGAAGGAGCUGCUGGACACAGCAGAGGCCAAACUCAACGCUCCUGUUCAAGUGUCUUUCCUUAAUGUGAGAAGCUUUCUGCAGGAAGUGGAGAAUACAAAGCAAAAGGUUGUCUCCAUGGAGACAAGUCAGUACAAGUUAGCAGCCCGCAGUGCUCAGCUCCUUGCCAAGGAUGCACCCCAGGAUGAGGCUGCUAGGGUCAUGGCAACUAUGACAACCGCCAAAAGUCAGCUGAGUAAGGUGAGAGAGCGAUGUCCCUCACUAGUGAGAGAGUGUCAAGUUAUUUUGCCACUAUUGGAGGAGAUGGAGAAACUCAUCAGUGCUUUUUACCAAGCCCUGGAGCGGGCCAGUCGCAUCACUUCUGCUGCAGGAGACCCAGACUCACAGGCUCAGACCCAGAACAAACAAAAAUGGCAGGACUUAUUAAACCAGCAGCAGAACUGUAAACGAUGUCUGUCAGUGAUUGAGAGGAAUCACCACACUGUGCAGAGGACGCUCUCCUCCAGUAAGGCUCUCCGAAACUUUGACCUGUCGCUGCUCCAAAAGAGAGUGACGGAAAUACAGAGCUCAGCACAGGUUUUGUUAAAGGAGGUUGAAGAAUGGAGAAGACGGGAAGAGGCCAACAACUGCCUGAGGAGAAGAUUUGAGGAAUCGAGACAAGAACUGGAAAGGGUGCUGAAGAAAGCUCAGAGCUACUUGAGAGAAUCUGGAGAUGCUGAGGAUCUACUUAAGAAACACUCUGAUUUUUUUGGCCAACUGGAUCAGCGACUACUGAGUGUGUUUCUGAAGGCGUGUGAUGAGCUGACCGACAUCCUACCACUGGAGGAACAACAAGGACUGCAAGAUACUGUCCGCAGACUGCACAAACACUGGAAGGACAUCCAGAGUGAAGUGCCAUCUCACCUGCUCCGCCUGAAGGUGGAGGUGGAGCGAAGUCGAAUUGUUGUGAUCCUACAAGAUUGUAGAGCAGAGCUGGACAGAGAAGUGCAUGGCCUCUCUGGCACCUGCACUACUGAGCGAGUAAUCAAAGAACACAGAACUUUCUUCAGGGAACGAAAACCUCUGUCUUUGUGUGAGAAGAGGAUUAGGAACAUGGAGGACCUGUGUCGGAAGUUGCCUGACAACGACCCGGCUUAUCGUACACUAGACUCCACUAGGAGAGCUGUAGAUGAGGUUACAGAGCAAAUAAGAAGCACCCACCUAAAACUAGAGCAGCACCCUGAUAAAUGGAAAGAGUGGAAUGAGAGGUUUUGUGAACUGUCUGAUUGGGUCUCAUCUCAGAGGAGACAUCUAAGGCUCCUUAGAGAGACUGCAAGUAAUUCCAGUCAUCGAGAACAUGUGGAUGCUGCUGUUCAGGUGCUGCAUGAAGCAGUAGAUGACCGUGAGGAGAGCUUAUUGUGGCUUAAAAGCCGCCUCAGUGGGCUGUCUGAGGUAAGCCCUGAACUGGAGGUUCAGAGGCAAAGAACAGCUUUGGCCAAACUCUCAUCUGACCUGCGGGCCCUCUUUUCUUCACUCCAUCAGUGGGAUGAAGAGGGUUCUGCCAUGUUCCAGUACGAAGAGCUGAAGGACGAGGUGCGUGGUGCUCUGGAGGAGGUUCUAAAAUCACGAAGAGAGGCAGAGGAGUACACCAGCAGGAUCCUUGAUGCUGAGGAUCUGGAGGAGGCCAAGCAGCUCCACCAUAUUCACCAGCAACACCUGAAGCGCCUUCAUGCUAACAGGAGAGAGGCAGAGCUUUUGGUGUCCCACUGCCGUCAGCUGCAGAAAGGCGAGGCACUUGGUCAUUCUCUACGAGAACUAGAGGGAGUUUUCGAGGAGGUUGACCGUAAAUCAGGGCCAAAAGAGCACAACCUGCAGGCUAGUCUGAGCUCCUGGCAAACUUUUGAAGCAGAGAGAGAAACGGUGAGGAGAUUCAUCAGCAAUACCAACAAUGAACUACACAAAGAACUUAUUUUCAACAGCUUGGACAGCCUGAGAAGUGAACUGAAGCGCAGUAAGGAGCUCUUCAUGGAGGUUGAGGAAUAUUGUGUGAGAGCAGAUCUCCUCCUGGAGAAGUCAGCAGCUGUUCAGCUUGGUCCAAAGAAUCAGACUCUGCUCCUACAGCAGGCCCAGUCCACGAAAGAAGCCAUUACACAACUUCUAGACCACCUGAGCAAGAAUGUUGUUCAGCUGGAGAGGAUGUGUGAGUGGUGGGAACGCUUCAGCAAUGAAUCAGAGACUCUUUCUUCUUGGUUCAAUGAAAAAGAGAAGGAGCUUGAGGACAUCAAUACCACAUCCUCCUUGGAUCCUUUAGAUGAAAACAUCAUUACAGUUGAGGAGGUGGGGAAAGAUUUAGAAGAAAGAAGUGCAGCCCUGACUCGCAUGGAGGCAGACUGUGAGGCCCUGUCAAGGUUUGUGACUCCUGGAGAAGCUGGAUGUAUCCGUGCUCGACUUUCUGGAAUGAGGCGUAGCUGGGAAGAGCUGAAGGGGAGAGUAGAGCAGCUAGGAGGACAGCUCAACCAGAGUGCCUCCUACAGGCAGAGAUACAAUGAUAACCUUGAACAGGUCAAGAAAACCAUGAGUAAUAUCAAAGAGAAGCUUGACUGUUCAAUCACACACUGUUCAUCAUCAUCAGAGACCUACAAACUCCUCCAGAAUCACAUGGAGGUCUGCCAGGCUGUUGAGCAGGUGAAGCCCAGGUUGAUGGCUCUGUGUUCGGCUGUGAAGAGGCAUGGAGAGGGCAGCCAGCUGGAGGAGGAGGUGGCGAACCUCCAGAAGCAGCGGGGACAAUUUCUGGAGAAGGCUGCAGAAAAUCAAGCCUUAUUAGAGAGCCUUCUCUCACUGUGGCAAAGAUUUGAAAAGGAGAAUUCGUCCCUGAAAAGCUGGUUGGACAGGUGUGAGUCACUUUGUUAUCCAGACACCAAACUGCUCUCUGCAGAUAAAGUAAAGAUUAGAAAUGAACUACAAAAUAUACAGGAAAUGCAGGGGGAGACACAGUCCUAUGAGGUUCUUCUCCAGGGUCUUGUGAAUCUUGGGUUGUGUUUGUAUCCCACAGCGACUGAAGCUUGUGUCCAGGAGCUUACUGAUGAUCUCACACAGCUUCAGGAGCGAUCCUCUUCUGUGAAGCACAGCAUAUCACACAGGCUUCAGUUGCUGGAGUCGCAGUUGUCACAGCUCGAGUUGUUUGAUCAGGCGUUGCUGACUCUAACCCAAAGGGGUGAAAACUUCCUAUCUGUCUUGAGAAGCUUCUCCCAGGUUGAUAUUGUGGAUCUUAACGUUGCAUUCACAAAGCUGAAGGAGCAUGAAGCACAACUACAGGCAUAUGCAUCGCUGAAAGAGACACUUCAUCAAAGAGAGUCUUCCCUGCUUCACUGUUCCACACCAGAAGCCCAACAGCAGCUCCAGGCCUGGAAGGAAGAUUGUCUACAGCCCCUUAGAGAGUCCCAGCGUCUCCUCCUCCUCCGUAAAGAGUGUCUGACUGAGUUAAAGACUUACCUUGACAAACACAGCACGGCAGCUAAUUUCGUGCACCGCCUGCAUGAGGCUGUGGAGGGCAGGGGGAGCUGGGACCACUCCAAAGCUGAGGAGCUGCAUCAUGGAAUAGGGGAGGUGGCUAAAGAUGUGGCUCGACUCGAGGCUGAGGCAGUCCGGUUGGAUGGGCUGCUUAGUAAGGCACACAUUCACCUGUGUGGAGCAGAGAGGAGUGGCUUCAAGGAUCUGAGCCAUUCUCAUGGAAGAACUUCUUGCAGAGGACAGGCAGUGGCCCUGACAAUGGCUCUGGAGGAAGUGCAGAGGGGUGUAGGGUGGAGACAGAGUGAGGCGGAUGCUUUAAGUGCCCUGUGGAGCUCUUUCAGGGAGAGGAGGGAGGAGAUGAUGAAGAAUUUGAAGAAACUGGAGGACGAAGUGAGGCAAGAACAAACCAGAGAGAGUUCCGUACAAGCUUUUCAAAACAGGCUGCGUUUCUUCGUCCAGCUGGAGGAUGAACUCCAGUCCCUGCAGCACUCUCAGCAGUGGUUGGAGGAGAAAGGAGGCCAGCUGGCCCAGAGAGACAGUGAGCUGACUGGGGAGGCUCUCAGGGAGGUAACCCUGGUUAAGACAGCCUGGGAGAACGUCAGGACUCUGAUCACCAACGGUCAGGAGCAGAGUGCAGUUGUUGUUGAUCUUUUCCAUCAGUUUAAUCAUCUGAAGUCGAUCCUCUGCACUGUUGUGGAAAAUGCUCAGAGUGUUGCCCACAAUCUGCCUGACCACAAUCACAACGCUCAGGAGGCCAAAUGGAUUUUCACACGGCAUGAGACUGUCCAUGCUGAGCUGAGGGAGAAACAGGAGGACAUGGACCAGCUAAUCAGUACAGCUGAAGACCUGCAGAGAGAGCUGGACAAGGCUCCCAGUUCUGAUAUGUGCACCAUCCAGAGAGACAUGGAGAUGCUGAGAGAAAAGUGGUUGGAGGUCUCAGAGAGAAUACAAACCAACACAGAGAGACUCGGUUAUUGUGUGGCUCUGUGGGACGACCUCAAGACCAUGGAGCAGGACAUCAAUCAGUGGACAUCCAGCUCUAUUGCUGAGUUCUCAGACAAUGUGACCAAUCUCAGUGACAAGGAGAUGACUGAGGCCCUGCUCGACACCUUUCAGGCUGAGGUUGAGAAGAGGGAGCAGAAGCUGGAGGCUCUGCAGGAAAGAGUGACACAGCUGAAGGAACAAGCCAAGCUGCAGGAAACUCCAUUACAAAUCCAGGUCCUGGAGUCAGACCUGAGGAAGAAAAUGGCCCAUGCACAGGAGGUGUUCAACCAAGCCAAACACACUCUGACCUACUUCAGUUUCCAAAAGCAGCGACUUGAGGACCUCAUGUCCCAGAUGGUCGAGCGGCUGGAGGCAGUGGAGGGUUUGUUGUCUGACCUCACUGAAGCUACUGCCCCUGAAGAUAUCGGUGCUGUCAAGGACCUUCAGACUGUCAUACAGCAGCAGAGGGCAGACAUGGACUCUGCCAGAGAAGCCUUGACUGCCCUGUGCAGGUCACAUCCCACUGAGGAGCUGUCAGUGCUCUCCUCUGACCUCACGUCCAUUGCAAAGCGAACAGAGGCUGUAGCUCAGCGUUGUGCCAAGACCAGGGGCAACCUACAAGAUGAGCUACAGCUUCACUUUAACCAGCUCGUCCAAGACUUCCACUCCUGGCUUGCAGAUCUAAAGUUGGAGCUGAAAGAAUGUUCAAACCAAACGGGAGAUGUUACCAUCCUUGAAGCCAAGUUAAAAAGGAUAAAGGUGUCCGUUGAGCAGACAUCAAAACGUGAGGAGCGUCUACUUCAGAUUUGUGAGGAGGCUGAGCAGCUCCAGCUUCACCUGCCCAAAGCUGGAGCGUUACAGGUCCAGGAGCAUCUCUCCUCCUGUAAGAAAGAGUGGAGGAGCUACCUGAACAGCUGUUCUCAGAGCCAACAAGACUUAGAAGAGAGUAUUUGCCUUCUGAAAAAUUUUGAUAAUUGUGUGAACAGUAUAAGAGACUGGCUGAAGCAGAUGGAGCUCAGUCUCAAGAGUGAGCCUGUUCUUGGGGCAGAGAGCCAGCAUGGAACUCCUGACACCACAGAGGAGCUGGAGAGGAUGAAAAACCUCCAUAAGGAACUGCUAGCAAGGAGGGACUCUAUUGAGCGUCUCUGCCAGGAGGCCCAGUCUCUGUCUGAAGCAGGACGUGGGUCAGGGGGAGAGGUCAGUGUGACAGGCCAGCUCCAGAUGGAGCACCAAUCCUUACUGAAGACAGCCAGGGAGAGGCUGCGAGGCUGCCAGGAGAGUCAAGCCUUUGGAGACACCCUUCAGGGAGUUUGGGCCUGGCUGGAGGAGAUCCAGGAGAGACUGGGUACAGUAGACAGCACAAUGGGGACCAAAGAACAGUUGGAGCAAAGGCUGGAGACUGUGCAGGACAUCCUGCUGUUAAAGGGUGAGGGAGAAGUCAAGCUGAAUAUGGCGAUGGGCAAGUGCGAGUUGGCCCUGCGCCACUAUGGAGUAGCCGGACAGGAAGUGGUCCGCUCUCAACUUCAGGAAGUGGAGGAUGCCUGGGCCACGCUGCUUGUGACUGCCAUGAGCUGCCACAGUCGGCUGGAGUGGACGGUUUCUCAGUGGGGAGGAUACUUGGACAGUGCUGCCCAGCUGCAGUGCUGGAUGGAGGCUGUCGAACGUGAAGUGUGUGCUCCACUUACACCACAGCCUGGGCCGAGAGAAAAGGCCUCGCAGCUCGAGAAACUCAGAGCUCUGCUGACUGAACUGGAAGACCACCAGGUGGCACUGUCCAGCUUAGAAGAGAAAGCAAGGGAACUAUUUAAGAAGACUGGUGACACAAGCUUUAACCAUGGUGCCCGGACCCAACUGCAGGCACAGUUUGAUGACCUUACAGCUUUGGUGGAGGAGAGAGUGCAUCUUGCACAGGCUGUUGUGUUGGAACACCAGGAAUACCUGGAGGCUGUGAGGGAGCUCACUGACUGGCUGAUGACUGCAGGAGAGGAGCUGCAACAUUGGUCCGAUACAUCAGGAGACUCUGCUUCCAUUAAAAAGAAACUGUCAGAAGUCAGGGAGCGUGUGGAGUGUCGUUUACUGGAGGGCCGAGAGCGCCUUAGCCGAGUGCGCCGAAGCGCUGCAACCACGGCGGAGCACACGGCAGCAGGAGGCUGCGAGGCCAUGGACCGACAGCUGGGGGCACUGUCCCAGGCUCUGGAGCAGUGGGAGGGGGCUGCUCUGAGGGCCAGGGAUGGUCUGGAAGGGGCUCUGGCAGCUGCCACAGCUUCUGAGGAGGAGUACAACCGUUUGACCGCACGGCUGGAAGACGAGGUGAAAGAACUUGAUGGACAGCUCAGGAGGUGGAGCCAGGAGUUGAUCAAAGCUGAGGGACGGAGCAACGGCGAGGAAGCAGUGGGAGGAUGGCACUUAGCUAAGGAUAUUCUGGAGGGCUUGCAGAGUGCAGAGCCGAUGGCAGAGAAGUUGAAAAGCCAGCUGAACGACCUGGUGCGAUACUCCAGAGACCUGGGUACACAGUCUGACCGGGUCACCUCAGUUAUCAAACAGCACAACAGUCUCAGUCUUCGUGCCUCCAGAGAGUGUCAAAACAAGGAGCGCUUGUUGGAGCAGAGGUUCCGCACUGCCCUCCGAGACUUCCAGCAGUGGUUGGUCAAUGCAAAGAUCAGCACAGCCAAAUGCUUUGAUGUGCCUCAGAGUGUCACAGAGGCCUCUGUUGCCCUGCAGAGGAUACAGGAGUUCUUGAGUGAAAGGGAACAUGGCCAGGCCAGACUGAGUACAGUAGGUGCCAGUGGGGAUCUGCUGAUGGCUGUGGUGUCCAGAGACAAAGUGGAGGGGGUCAAAGCCAAGGUGGCAAAUGCGAGAGAAGACUGGAAGAGCUUGAUAAAUAACUUGCAGAUGAGGGAGGAUGCGCUCAAGAGCCUGCAGUCCCAGAUGACAGAGUUUGAGGCCAGUGCUGAGCCUCUGCAGGAAUGGCUCAACAGCACCGAGGUCAGAGUUCAGGAGAGCAGUGCUCGGCUACAUGACCUUCCAGCCAAGAAACAGGAGCUCAGCAAACUGCAGUGUGUACUGGAAGAGGUAGCUGAUCAUGAGGAAGAGCUGGGCAGGCUGAGGGAAAGCGCUCACCGUCUGUGGGAGGGACAAGCAGCAGGGAAGGGCUUCGUCCACCGUGUGUCCCAGCUGUCCGCACAGUACCUAGCCCUCAGCAACUUAACCAAGGACAAAGCCUCCAGGAUUGAACGUAUUGUGGGGGAACAUCGCCUCUUCUCUCAGGGUUUAAAAGAGCUGCAGGACUGGGUGUGUGAAGCUCAGCGGGUCCUCAACACAUGCACCUCCACCACCACGGACAAGGGCGUGUUAGAGGACCGGAUGUUACAGCUGGAAGCCUUACUGGCUGCUCGUCAGGAGAGAGAGAUCCAGUUAAAGAUGCUGCUGACACGGGGAGAAGCAGUCCAGAGAAACACUUCGGUUGAGGGAGUCCCAGUGAUUCGCAAACAAAUCCAGGACCUCAAGGACUCAUGGGAUUCCCUGCUUUCUGCCUCCAUUCAGUGUAAAAGUCAACUGGAGGGCGCUCUGUCACAAUGGACCAGCUAUCAGGAGGACGUAGGUCAGUUUGUGUUGUGGAUGGACCGUGUAGACGAGACCUUGAGCUGCUCAGACAGACAAUACUCUGAGAUGAGAGACAAGACAGCAAACCUGGGAAAAACCAAGCUUCUGUAUGAAGAAGUAUUGAGUCACAGCAGUCCUCUGGAGACUAUUGCCACAAAGGGCUCCAAUAUGGCCGAACACUGCACCACUCAGCAGGAGGUGCAACAGCUACAGUGUCGGUACAACUCCCUUAAAGAAAAGGCCAAGAAAGCAGUCAGUAAGGCCAAGGGACUGGUGCUGGUCCAUCAGGAAUAUCAAAGGGAGCUUCAUGUGUUUGAGGACUGGCUGGAGCAGGAACAGGCCACUCUGGCCUCCUUGACCCAUCCAGAGGGAAACGUGGAUACAAUAGAGAAGACACUGCAACAGUUACAGCUCCUGCAGGAUCGCUGCUCAAAUGGUCAGUCAUUGCUUUCCGCUGUGCUGACCAGCAGAGAGAGGGUCAUCCCAUGGGGUGUGCCGCAGAUCGAGGACCGAGCCCUGGACACUGCUCAGCGAGAGUGGGGCGCCUACCAGGGACGCCUGGAAGAGACUCAGACCCAGAUUAGCACCACACUGACCAGACUGAAGCAGAUGGGCCAAAGGUUCCUGAGUCUGGCCCAGUGGCUGGAGGAGAUGGAGAAUAUGGCAAACAUCAGACAUCAUCGGAGGUCAGAUAGAGCCACCAAGGAGACUCAGCUAAAGAAACUCCAGGGGUGUCUUAAGUCAGUGCUUGUACGGCAGGGAGAAGUCGAUGGCCUCUCUUCUCUGGUCCAGCAGGUUCUGGAGGAAACCUACAUCAGUAGUCGCAUUAGUGUUACAGCCACCCAAAUCACUGCCAGUUACCAUUCUCUGCUGCUCAACAUACAAGACACCAUCAAGCAGCUACAGGAGGAAGUGAAGAGUAUUGAAGAGGCAGAAAAUCUUUGCUCUUCAUUCAGCGACUGGCUCAGUUUGACUCAGAAAAGCUUCACAGCAUUAACUAAUAGUGCUGAAGCUCUGGACCGGGGUGCCAUGGACAAGAAAAUGAAGAAACUACAGGUUCUCCAGUCUGAGCUCCAGCAUGGCCACAGUUUCCUGAAAUCCCUGAAGGAGCGAGCAGAACAGGCAGCAAGCUUCCUGGAUGAUGCUGGAGCUGAGAGUUUGGGAGGUGAGGUAGAGGGUCGUCUUGCACAGCUGGAGGAGCUUGCAGGUGGACUGAGGCAUGAGCACAGCUUCCUAGAGCGGGCCCUGCUUUUGGCUAAGGAGUUUCAGGACCGGUACAAGGGUCAGACUCAGUGGUUGGUGGAAACCCGGGCUUUGCUCAACACCCCGGUGGAGCCUAAAGCUGAACUGUACCAACGGAGAGCACAGCUGGCUAAAUAUAAGGCUCUGCUGCAGAUGGUUCAGUCCCAUGAUGGAUCCGUCAGGUCUGUGUUGGAGAAGGGAGAUGCUCUGCUAGCUUCAGUCCACUACCCCUCCGUCAGAGACAAAAUGAGCAGACUGCAAAGAGACUAUACUGAACUCUGUAAAAGAGCCAUGACUCAUGUGGAAAAUAUGGAAGCCCAGGUCAAGGAACAGGAAGCAUAUCAUAGUGAACUUCAGGAGGUGGAGCGCUGGCUGCUCCAGAUGUCUAGCAGGAUGGUGACUCCUGAUCCCUCUGUUGGGGGAACCCUGGAGGCAGCCACUCAACAGCUGGCAAGACACAAGGCUAUCAUGGAAGAAAUAGCGGGCUUUGAAGAUCGCUUGGUGGGCCUUAAGCAGCGUGGAGACCACCUGGUACAAGGCUGCAGUGACCGUGUGCAGAGCAGGCUGAGACAGCAGGUUCAGGCUCACCAUCAAGGCACUGGAGACAGCUACUCGGCCAUCUGUAGCACAGCACAGAGAGUUUAUCAGAGUCUGGAUCAUGAGUUACAAAGACAUGUGAGUCUCCAAGACACAUUGCUGCAAUGCCAGACAUGGCUGACCUCUGUUUCAGAAGAGCCAGAACCUCCUGCACAUCACCCUCUCAGUCUGGAGGAGGCACUACAACAGGUGAAACAGGAGCGUGCUCUCCAGGAGCAGGCCAGUACUUACCUCCAACUUGUAUGUUCAACUUGUGACCUGUCAGAGCCAAGGGUUCGGGAGACUGCGUCAUCUAUACAGCAGGUCAAACUGCAGAAUGAGGAGCGGAUGAUGCUUUGUGAAGAGGUGGCAGACAGCUGGAGGGACAUUGAGGAGCAGAAGGCAGAUCUGGAGAUCCAGCUGAGAGAAACAGAGCAGCAACUUCAGAACCUCAUCAGGAGACCUGCAGAGCUAGAGCCCAAGAUUGCACAGAACCAGCUGGACAAGGCACAGGAGUUUCUCCAGCAGAUUAAAGAGAGACAGUCUGAGGUAACUCAUUUGAAUGAAGCCGUUUGCAGGCUAACAGGCGGACAGGUGUCUCCUGCCCUGGAGGAGAUAAGGAGACUUAGGAGAAGUUGGAUGGUCCUUGGCCAGCAGGCUGAAGAACUGGAGGCUCAGCGGGGGGAGGACAUGCAACGAAGUGGGGAGUACCAGGAGAGUGUAGUAGCUGUGGAGGAACUCUUCCACCAAGUAUCAAGGGAAUGGGACUACCUUGCAAGGGCUGACACAGAAAGUACAAGUGAGCAUCUAGAGGCUCUAAGGAAGCUGUCCAGUGACCUUGAAGAGCAGAGAGCACUUCUAGAAGAUGUCAGGGAUCAGAGACAAGCUAUUCUACAUAGACUUAGCUUGCUAGACAAAGAGCUAGUUAAGCAACAGGUUGGCCACCUGGAGCAGCGCUGGGCCCAGCUUGAAACGCUGAUUCAGCAGAAGAUCCAGGAAUCUGCACAGAUACUGGAUGAUCUGGCUCGGGUGGAAACCCAGCUCAGGGAUGCCCGAGAGUGGGUGGAAGGACAGCGGCCUGCACUUACAUCUGCUUUGAAAACCAGCCCACCCCCCGAUCUUGCCCAGAGUUUCCUGUUUGACCAUUUGAGUGUAUGUGUGGAACUUGAAGCCCGCCAGCAGCUGUUGGGUCAGGCAGUGAGUGACGCCCAGGCUGUGGCUUCCAGGCUGGGGCUCAGUGAGAAGAGAGGCCUUCAAGGUCUUGUUGAACAAGCCCAGGUUGAGGUGGAAGCUCUGGGUGCUCAGGUUGCCCAAAGAAGGAAGUACCUCAGUAAGGCCUUCACAGAGAGGACACAGUUCCUACAAGGUUUGGGGAGAGCUUUUUCUUGGGUACAGCAACAAGAGAGGAAGGCUUUAAUAGAUGACCACAUAGCACUUCUCCCUGAGGACCUUGCAAAGCAGGUUGCUGCAUGUCGUGGCAUCCAGAGCAGCUUAAGAGUUUACCAGAGGGAGCUGGCAUCUCUUUGGGUACAGGGGCGAGAGCUGGAGAGAGAUGCUUCUGACAAAGAAAGAGCAGAAACCAUGGCGAGACUUGAGGAACUACAAUCAGUCUUUGAAAACGCCCUCCAGAGGACUACUCAGCAUCUCACAGACUUAGAGAAAGCCUUAACCUCUAGGAAGUACUUUCAGAUUGACCUGGACAAGACUUGCCAUUGGUUGAGACAAGCAGAUUGCAUCACUUUCCCUGAAAUCAAUUUAAGCAACAUUGAUGAAAAGUCAGAAUUGCAAACACAACUGUCUAACUUUCAAAAGGUCCUAGAGCAAGCCUCGGAAUAUGAGAACCUCCUUCUUAUCGUCCAAAGAAUAGGCCAGGAGAUCCUUCGUACUCUUAAUGAGAUUGACCAUUGCUACCUAGAUGAGAGGCUCAAUGCCCUGCCUCAGCAGUACAACGCCAUCUUAGCUCUAGCCAAAGAGAAAAAAGACAUAGUCCAACAAAUAAUCCUAGAGAGAAAAGAGUUCAGCACUUUCUUUGAUAUUACUCAUAAUGCACUGGAGGAGCUUCGGGAGCAGUUUGACAAUCUGGAGAAGCAGACUAUUAGUAUUAGAGAAGAGGAAGUUGCUCGUCUAAUUAAUGAGUACAGGAAUAUUAAUGAAAGUUUACUCCACAUUAGCCCUGCUGUGAGAGAACUUCAUGGCAAAAAUGAAGGGUUCCUCUGUAGAGGUCAGCAGUACAGAUCUGAGGAGACGCAGCAGCUCAUCAAUCUCCACAACACAUUAAAGAAGAGAAAUGAUCUGAAAAUUAAACACUUAGAAAAUUGCUUAUCAUUUCUAGUUGAACACAGCAGAGUAUUUACCAGUUUGGACUCAGAAUUAAAGUCUGCUACAGAAAAGCUGGUCAGGCUUAAAUCAGACAAAAAAUCAGGUUCCAUUGAUGAAAUGAAAAGUCUUUAUUCACUGCUAGAAAGACUGGAUGUUGUGAUCUCUCAGACUGAAGAAUGUAACCAUCAAACUGAAGGCCUUGGUCUGAAGUUUGAACCCGCUGCCUUUAAAGAAGCUGCAUUGCAGCUCAAAUCAUUGCAGUCUUUACGAUCUGAGGUGAGAACAUUUGUUGACGAAAGUGAAGUGAAAGUAAUGCAAAAUGAAGAUUUCACGAGAGAGACUGAGAAAAUGUUGCACUGGCUCCAGACUAUCAAGGACAAGUUGGAAGAGCCUUUGAUUUUUUCUGAGAUCAAAGUUGAGAGGGUGCAGGAGGAAGUGUGCAAGCUGAAACACAUGGAAGAGGAAGUGGAAUGUUGCUUGAAGAUGGCAGACGCCUUGGCUAGCAGAGAAAAGCAAAUGUAUUGCAGAAGAAAAGAAACAGUUCCUGCCCACGUUCAAAAGAAACUACAGGAGCUGAAAGAGUUUGGAGCUGAAGCUCAAGAAGGAAUUCGGAAGAAACAGCUGGCUGUGGAUAAGGCUCUUUCCCUGGUUCAGAGGUACCACUUAUCUCUGCAGACCAUGCAGAAAUGGCUGGACUCUGCUGCAGGUUUUCUGCAGAGAGUCAGUUUAGGGGUGGAUCUUGAGAAGCAGACAGAUUGUGUGCUGGACCUGGGAGAGAUUUCAGCAGAGGAAAAUUGCUUCACAGUUGGUGUGGAGGACCUGAGGAGUUUGGAACCUCUGAUGAUUGAUUUUAUGGAACCAGGAGUGAUGAGUGAAAAAGUCGAGACUAUGCAGCUGAGAAACACAGAAGUCAAACAUCAAUUGGAAGCUUUCAGAGAAGUGUUGCAGAGCUGUGCAGCUCUAUGGAGUUCCUUCCAGCAUGAGAGAGAAACCCUGGUGGCACAGAUGAAUGAUGUAGAGCGCAAGAUGGCCAUGUUCACCACAGCUAAAGCUACCAGUAUCCAGCAGGCAGAGGAAAAGUGUCAGAGAUACAGGUCUCUGGUGGCCCACACUGACCUGCUGGAGGUGCCUCUGACUGUUUUGAAAAAUAAUUCAACUGAGUUAGAGCUGAUCAUUUCUGAGUACAGCAAAGGUGUCACUAGCCACUGUGUGUCAUCACUAUGGCAACGGUGGGCCAGGCUACGCAGUGUGUCCCGAGCCCAGGAGAGGGCACUGGAGGAUACUGCGAGGGAAUGGAGGAACUUCACAGAGAAGAUGGAGAAGGUGCGCUCUGUGUCCAAAGACCUUCACAGUCGUGUCCCAGACAGCACGGUUGAGAAGGCUGCCACAAGAACGGCACUUCAGAGCCUCUUGGAGUAUCAUGACUCCUUCAGCCAGGAGGUGGAGAGGGAGCAGUCUAUUCUGGCUCUGCUUGGGCAACACACCCGCAUUCUGAGAGGAGAGGAGAAGCAGGUGCUGGAGAAAAAGACAGAGAAUGGACAUGAACAGACGCUGUGCCUACAGGAGAUCAGACAUAUGCAGGAGCAAUAUGACAGUCUUAUGGUGCAUGUGAAGGCGAGCAGAGCCCAGGUUCACCAGGAGCUGAGGGAACGAGAGGAGGUUGAAAAGGAGCUUGGUUUGGUCAAAGGAUGGAUCCAAGACACCCGAGGCUUACUGCUGAGUCCAACCGCGGACCUAGACUCUCUGCUCCAAGAGCUAGAGACCGCACACGGUGAGGUCAUCAGCAGACGUCAGAGUGUUGAGCGCAUCACAGAGCUGCAGCAGUCUAAGUACCAAGUUCUUCAGGCUGGUCUGCCAUCAGAGCUCAGUAUGCAGCUGGCGGAGGUGGCUUUGGCUUUGGGGUCCGCUGAAGACCAGGUCCAGGCGCGGGAACGAGAGGUGCAGCAGACCAGAGAUGUGAAAGAGGACUUUAACUCCCGACUCCACGACAUCGAAGCAAAGCUGAAGACCAUCGCUCUGAAAUUGGAAGACAAGAGUGCCGACUUGGAGGAGGCCAAAGAAGAGACCAAAGCUCUUUGUGAUGAGUGUGAAUCCUGCUGUCGCUCUCUGGCAGAGUUAGGUGUCGCAGUGCAGGAGUUCGGCGAGCAGAACCCUCUGCUGUGUAAGCAGCUUGGAGAUGCUGUGGCUAAACUGACAGAGGUGCAGCAGCACACAACACAGCAGGUCCAGGACAGAGCCAACAGACUGAAAAAGGCAGAAAAACAGGUGGAGGAAUAUCAGGGUAUGAAGGAGUUCAUUUUGGGCUGGACAGAAAAGGCAGAAGCUCUUGUUACUGGUAAUAUCAUUUGGAGCUCUGCUUCCCAGCUGCAAGAGCAAAUCCGAGCACAUCAGGCUUUGCUGCGGGAGUGUCGGGGUCUCCAUGGCGACUUGGAAGCUAUGGGGGAAAGGGAGGGGCAUCUGGGGGAGGUUUUGCAGACGGAGGGGUGGAGCCAGCAGGUGAAACACCUCAGCAGAUGUACGGAGGAGCUACAGCAAAUUGCCAAGAACCGCCUCCAGAGUCUGCAGGAUGCAGCAAAGGAUAUGCUGCGUCUGGAGGUGGAGGUAAAGAACCUCCAUGCAGCUGUAGAUCAGAUCCAGGUUACACUUGCCUCCCCUGACCUCAACAGACUCAGCCUCAGAGAGCAGCUCACUCAGAGACAGCGUCUGUUGGUGGAAAUGGAGGGAUUCAAGCAGCAGGUGGUGGCGGUGCAGCAGUGUCAGAGCGCCCUCCGGCUACCAGAAGAGGUAGUGGCGAAUCUGCUUAUCUGCCGUACAGCACAGACUCUGCAGCAAGAGGCCAGCCAACUGCAGCAUACCACCAUCCAGCAGUGCAACAUCCUGCAGGAGGCUGUGGUGCAGUAUGAGCAGUAUGAACAGGAAGUGAAGAACCUCCAGAGAUUAAUAGAAGAAGCCCAUCGCAUCAUUCAGGACCGGCCUGUCUCUACCAGUAACAUACAGGAACUUCAGGCUCAAAUACACCACCACGAGGAACUAGCCCAGAAGAUCCGUGGCUACCAGGAGCAGAUUGCUUCGCUCCACUCCAAGUGUAAAAUGCUGACAGUGAAGGCCAAACACGCCACUAUGCUGCUGACGGUCAGCGAGGUGGAGGGACUAUCCGAUGGCAUGGAUGAGCUAAGUGAUGAUGAGCUGCCCAGUGCUGUGUCAACCACCACCAACGGCACCACCAAGCAGCUUCCAGCACACCCCUCUGUUGUCAUGAUGACAGCAGGCCGCUGCCACACGCUCCUCUCCCCUGUGACGGAGGAGUCAGGGGAGGAGGGCACCAACAGCGAGGUCUCCUCUCCCCCUGCCUGCCGCUCCCCCUCCCCAGGGGCUAACGCUGAUGCUCCUCUUAACCAGGGUCGUGGCACUUUAAGUCGAGCACCACUCCAGGAGCUGUAUGACCCAUCUAUGGAGAGCAGUGCUUCAAACCUGGAUGACCUCCAGAGAUCCUGGGAAACACUCAAGAAUGUGAUCAGUGAGAAACAGAAGAGUCUGUAUGAGGCACUGGAGCGACAGCAGCACUAUCAGGAGUCCCUACAAUCCAUUUCCACCAAAAUGGAAUCCAUAGAAGGGGCACUCAACGAAAGCCUGGAACCCAGCAAAACCCCUGAGAGUCAGAUGGCAGCACAUCAGGCACUGAUGGAUGAGAUCUUCAUGCUGCAGGAUGAGAUUGGUGAGUUACAAACAUGCUUUUCCGAGGAGCUGGCAGAUAGUGACAGUGAUGGGGAGCCUGGUGACCAACUGGCACUCCAAUCUACUCUCACUGUGCUGGGGGAGAGGAUGGCCACCAUACGGAUGAAGGCUUCGGGGAAACGGCAGUUGUUGGAAGAGAAACUUAGCGAACAACUAGAGGAGCAGCGCCAGGAGCAGGCACUACAGCGUUACCACAGCGAGGCCGAGGAGCUCGACCACUGGCUUCUCAGCACUCGUGCCACUCUCAGCUCUGCUCUUCAGCCCCAAAAUAAAGACAUGGACAUGGAAGAGCAGCUCAUUGACUGUCAGAACAUGCUGUUUGAGAUCGAGCAGAAGGUGUCGUAUUUGUCCGAGUUGUCCGUUCACAGUGAGAGUUUGCUGUUAGAGGGCCGGGCAGAGACCAAGGGGGAGGCGGAGCAACUCACUACUAAAUUACAGUCCCUCAAAGACAGCCUCCUGGAGCUGCAGCAGAUGCUGCAGGACAAACAGGUUGACAUACAGGGUUCAUUGCAGGAGCAGGAGGACAGUGAGCCGGACUCGUCUCUGUCCCAGAGUCCUAAUGUGCAGGACUGGCUGUCUCAAAUCCGUUCAACACGCACACAGCAACAUCACGACAACCUGCUUCGACAGAGGGAGCUGCAGGAGCAAGUAGCUGAACAGCGGCGUUUGCUCCAGUCUGUGGCAAGUGUAGGGGAAGAGUUACUCAGCCAACAGACGACGCCUAAUGGGGACAGUGAGGUGUCCAUCCCUGGGGGAGUGUUGCUGGAGACAGAGAUGCUGUCUCCUUUGGAACAGCUGAGACAGCGCUGGGAAAACCUAAAUAAAGAUCAGAGCACAAAACUGCAGCUCUCCCUGAACACCUUUGAACAUGAUCAACUUAGCCCGGUCCUCCACAGGUCUCGUUUGUCCAGUCCUAGUAUGGUGUUUCGUAGCGAGUCUGGCAGCCGGGGCGCUCAAUCCCCUAGAGCUUUGUUCGAGGUUUGCAGGCAGAGUCUUGAAAGAAUCGCCCAAGAGGCCAUGGGUGGUGAAAGUAAAGUGGGAGUUUGUAUCAGUGGGGUGACUGUCCAACAGGACUUGUAUGCUGCAGUUUCAGCAGCCUCCUCCUGGUUGGAUACUGCUGAGAAUCAGUUGCUUUUUGGUCCUGUGCUGCUGCUUGAGGAUACAGAGACACAACUCACAAAUCUAGAGGGUCUGAAUAAACAGCUGAAGGAAAUGACCACAGAGGUGAACCAGUGCAGAGACCUGCUGGGUGGAGGAGCAGGGCGGCUGUGUGGAGGAGAGGAUCAGGCUCUGAUGGAGGACACCCUUGAGGGUCUGCAGGAGAGGAUGGGUCUGCUGGACUCAAGCCUGGAGCAACACUGUGACAGCAUGAGAGACAGGCUGCAGGAACACUCAAAUUUCCAGAAUGAACUAAGGAUGUCGUUCACUGCUCUGGGUGAAAGUAAACACCAAUUGCUCCAAAAAAUGGCAAGAGGUUUAGACAGGCCAGCAUCAAAACAGAUCGAGACAUUAUCAGAAGUAGAGGAAAGUCUGAGGGAGUUUGAGCAGAGAUUGUCUGAAAUGAAGACCAGAGCAGAAGGCCUACAGUCUGAACAAAAUCAGGAACUACUCAAACUACAGGAUGCAUAUGAGGAGCUGGUGCUGAUGGUGGGCUCCAGGCGUAGCAGCCUUAACCAGGGCUUGUCUCUCAAGGCUCAGUACGAAGCUGCGCUUUGUGACCUCACAGAUCUGGUGGACACUGCUCAGGACAAGAUGGCUGCUGACCAGAAGAUGACAGUGGCCUCUGUUAUAGAGGUUCAGAUGUUACUGGACAAGCACAAAGAGUUCUUUCAGGGCCUGGAAUGCCAUAUGAUUCUCACCCAGACAUUUUACAGUAAAGUGUCAAGUCUGGUGGCACAGAGGGAAAGCCAGGCCCUGGAGGAGACCAUGGCUUUAGCCCACAGUGUGCUCAAACAGGCCCACAGGAGGGGAGUGGAGCUGGAGGGCAUAUUGGAGUCGUGGAGCAAGCUUGUGGAAGACUACCAGGCUUUGUGUAGACAGCUGGAGGCUGUGGAGUGCAGCAUCCCAACUGUGGGUCUAGUAGAGGAGACAGAGGAGAGACUCACUGAAAGGAUCAGUCUCUACCAGCAUUUGAAAGCCAGCCUGACUGAACAUCAGCCUCAGCUGUACCAGGUUCUGGAGGAGGGAAAGAGACUUCUCCUGUCUGUUGGCUGUCUGGACCUGGAGAAUCAGCUGACCCAACUUGGAGAUCACUGGCUCUCUUCCACCACCAAAGUCAACAAGGAGCUGCACCGCCUUGACUCAACACUCAAACACUGGAGCAGGUAUCAGAGUGAGUCAGCAGAGCUCAGCCACUGGUUGCAGUCUGCUCUGGAUCGCCUCGAAUUCUGGACAACCCAAUCAGUGACAGUGCCUCAGGAGCUGGAGACUGUCAGAGACCAUCUCUAUGCCUUCCUGGAUUUUUCCAAGGAGGUAGACGCUAAGUCAUCUUUGCGUUCUUCUGUGCUGAGCACAGGCAACCAGCUUCUGCGACUGAAAAGAGUAGAUACGGCUGGUUUGAGGACAGCGCUGGGCCAAAUCGACACUCAGUGGGCUGAACUGCUGACCCGUAUUCCUGUAGUACAAGAAAAGCUACACCAGUCGCAAAUGGAGAAGCUGGCGUCACGGCAUGCCAUCACAGAGCUAAUGAGCUGGAUCUCUCUCAUGGAGAACAUCAUUGAAGAAGACCAGGAUAAGAUCAUGGAAGCUGUAGGCUCUGAAGUGGUCCAGAACUUCUUGCAGAAGUAUAAGGGUUUCCGCAUUGAUCUGACCUGCAAGCAGCUGACUGUGGACUUUGUCAACCAGUCUGUGCUGCAGAUCAGCAGUCAGGAUGUGGAGGGAAAACGCAGUGACAAAACAAACUUUGCUGAGAAUCUGGGAGCUAUGAACAGAAGGUGGCAGAUACUGCAAGGGCUACUUGGUGAAAAGAUUCAGUUAUUGGAAGGUCUUUUAGAAGGUUGGGUAGAGCAUGAAAAUGGAGUCCAGUCACUGAGGACCUGGCUCACACUACAGGAGGAGAAACUAAAGAAGAGACACAGGAUAGAGGAUGUAGCAUCGGUGCAGAAUGCACUUAAAGACUGUCAGGAGUUGGAAGAACUGGUGAAGGAAAAAGAGAAGGAUUUAGAGAAAGCAGAGGAAAGAGGAAACACUCUCAUUCAGAAUAAGAAAGGAGCAUCGUGUUCUGUUGUCAAGGAAACCCUCAAAGGGCUGAACCAGUCGUGGGCUCAUUUGGACCACAUGAUAAGUCAGAUGAAGGUCAGCCUGCGGUCAGUGCUGGAGCAGUGGACCCUGUAUCGGCGAGCCUCAGAGGAGAUUAAUGGAUACCUGAUGGAGGGGAUUUAUUCUGUGUCUAGGCUGCGCCUCCUUAAUGGGUCUCUAGAGGCAGUGCAACAGCAGGUGGAGAAUUUAGAGAAUCUGCAAGAGGAGAUGGAUAAACAGGAGAGCAGUCUGAGGAAAUUUGGCUCCGUAACACACCAGCUACUGAGGGAGUGUCACCCGUCUGUGGCUGAAACACUCAACAGAGCCCUCCGAGAUGUCAACAUCAGGUGGAACCACCUCCUGGAGCAGAUCUCAGAGCAGUUGAGGAGCAGUAAGACCUUGCUGGGGACAUGGCAACGCUACAGGACGUUAUACAGCCACUGUGUCACAGCUGUUCAGAAACAGGAAGAACACGCUGAUCGCCUGCUGAAGAGUGCGACCGACAAGGAGAUCACAGAGGAGGAGACCACUACCUGGAUGAAGGACUGCGAUUUGUGCCUCAGUGAGCAGGCAUCAGUGCAGGAAUUGCUCCAGCAACUGCAGGCAUUAGGGGAACAGCUGAAGAGCCAAGUGGACGCUGUUUCCUUUGCAGCUCUCCAGUCAGACUACCUGUCACUCACACAGCGUCUAGCAGCGCUGGAGCACGCCCUGCACAGGCAGCAGGAAGUACUGCAGUCUGGAUCGCAGUCCUGUGGCAGUUUCAGGGAGCAGUUAGAAAAAUUGACGCACAAUGCUGAGGAGGCUGAGGAGGUGCUGAAGGAGUCUGACUCAUUCGGGUCACCAGAAAUCAGUGUGGUCCAAUCACGUAUGGAAAUACUGAAGGUUCACCUGUUGAAGUUGAGCAGUCUGUCUCCUGACCUAGAACGAAUUAACGAGUCAGUGUACAGAGUUCCAGUCAGUGACAAAGAUGUUAAAAAGCUGCAGAGUCUGAACAGAUCCUGGGCUGCCCACUGUGCUCACCUUACUGAGAGGUUCAGUAAACUGCAGGCAUUGAUGCUCCAGCAGCAGAGCUUCCUAGAGAAGUGUGAGGCCUGGAUGGACUUCCUGACUCAGACUGAACAGAAGUUGGCGGCUGAGAUCUCUGGCAACUACCAGAGUCUGCUGGAGCAGCAGAGAGAACACGAGUUGUUCCAGGCAGAAAUGUUUAGCAGGCAGCAGAUCCUCUACUCCAUCGUCAGUGAUGGUCAUCUUAUGUUGGACCAGGGACACGUCGAUGACAGAGACGACUUCAGUGUGAAGCUGGCCUUGCUUUGCAAUCAGUGGCAGUGCAUAGUGAGGCGGGCUCAGCAGCGAAGAGGCAUUAUCGACAGCCUGGUCCGCCAGUGGCAGAACUACCGGGAGAUGGCAGAGAAGCUGCUACGAUGGCUCCAGGAAGUAUCUCAUGAUCCAGAUGUUCAGCAACCAGGAGAACCAGUGGCCCUGCAGCAGGCCAGAAACCUCUUAGGUCAAAUACAGCUGAGGGGGCGUGUGCUCCAGAGGCAACAGGGAAGCUACAUCCUCACCGUGGAGGCUGGCAGGAGCCUGCUGCUGUCAGCCGACACCCAGGCUGAGUCCACCCUGCAGACAGAGCUGAUGGAGAUCCAGGAGAGAUGGAGACACGCCCACCACCGCCUGGACCAGCAGAGGAGAGAGUUACAUGGCUUGCUCAAGAACUGGGAACGAUGUGAAAAGGGCAUAGAUGCGUCGCUGGAGAAGCUGAGGGCCUUUAAGAGGAAGCUGUCUGUGCUACUGCCUGAUCACCAUGAGGAGCUACACUCGGAGCAAAUCAGAUGCAAGCAGGAGAUCGAGAGCAGUGUGGAGGGAUGGACUGAUGACCUCACUUCCUUGUUCCUGCUGAGGGACUCCUUGGAGGUUGUGGUUAGUGCAGAUGACAUCACUGUCCUACAGGAACGCCUCCAGCUGCUACAGCGCCAGUGGGAAGAGGUCUGCCACCAGCUUUCCCUGCGCAAGCAGCAAGUGAGCGAAAAGUUGAACGAGUGGGCUGUCUUCAAUGAGAAGAACAAGGAGUUGUGUGAGUGGCUCACACAGAUGGAGAGCAAGGUUUCUCAGAAUGGAGACGUCAGCAUUGAAGAGAUGAUCGAGAAACUGCGCAAGGACUACCAGGAGGAGAUCAGCGUGGCUCAGGAAAACAAGCACCAGCUGCAGGUUAUGGGUGAACGCCUGGCCAGGGCCAGCCAAGACAGCAAGGCAGCCGAUAUUCAACACAAACUCAGCAAAGUCAGUGAGCGCUGGCAACACCUGCUGGACCUUAUUGCUGCCAGGGUCAAGAAGUUGAGGGAGACUCUGGUCGCCGUGCAGCAGUUAGAUAAAAACAUGAGCACCCUGCGUUCCUGGCUGUCUCACAUUGAGACAGAGCUGUCCAGACCCAUCGUCUACGACACCUGUGACGACCAGGAGAUUCAGAGGAAACUCAACCAGCAGCAGGAGCUGCAGAGGGACAUAGAGAAACACAGCACAGGUGUGGCGUCCGUGUUGAACCUGUGCGAAGUCCUGCUCCACGACUGCGACGCCUGCUCCACAGAGACGGAGUGUGACUCCAUCCAGCAGGCCACCCGAGGGCUGGACAGACGCUGGAGGAACAUCUGUGCCAUGUCCAUGGAGAGGAGGCUCAAGAUUGAGGAAACGUGGAGGUUGUGGCAGAAGUUUCUGGAUGAUUACUCCAGGUUUGAGGACUGGCUGAAGACCUCAGAAAGAACAGCAGCGCUGCCAAACUCCUCUGGAGUUCUUUAUACUGUGGCAAAAGAGGAGCUCAAGAAGUUUGAGGCCUUCCAGCGUCAGGUGCAGGAGUGUCUGACGCAGCUGGAGCUCAUCAACAAACAGUAUCGCCGCCUGGCUCGUGAGAACCGCACCGACUCCUCCUGUCGUCUCAGAGAAAUGGUUCAUAAUGGAAACAAGCGAUGGGAUAACCUGCAGAGAAGAGUAGCUGCCAUCCUGCGCAGACUCAGGCACUUUAUCAGUCAGAGGGAGGAGUUUGAGACGGCGCGAGACAGCAUCUUGGUGUGGCUGACGGAGAUGGACCUCCAGCUCACUAAUAUCGAACACUUCUCUGAGUGUGACGUACAGGCCAAGAUAAAACAGCUCAAGGCGUUCCAGCAGGAGAUCUACCUGAACACGGGGAAAAUCGAGCUGGUGUUCAGACAGGGCGAAGCUCUGAUUGAGAAGAGCGAACCUCUGGACGCAGCUGUCAUUGAGGAGGAGCUGGAGGAGCUGCAGAGAUACUGUCAGGAGGUGUUUGGGCGAGUCGACAGAUACUACAAGAAACUCACACGGCUGCCUCUGGCUGACGAUGAGCUGGACGGUUCAGACAGAGAACUUGACAUGGACGAAAGUGCCGACCUCUCUGAGCUUCAGUGGGGCGACUCUUCUUCACCGCAAUCGUCCAGUCGCCAAGCCACAGCUACGACCGCCAUCCGCGCCGACCGCUCCGGACGAGAUACCCCUGCCAGCGUCGACUCCAUCCCGUUAGAGUGGGACCACGACUACGACUUGAGCAGAGGUUUGGAGAGUCCUGGAGGACGAGGUCAUGGAGAAAGAGGAGGGCAAGAGGAGGAGGAGGAUGAGUAUCUGAGGACAAAUACCACAGUACUGUCAGAUGUAGUUAUCCCAGAGAGUCCAGAGGCCUAUAUAAAAUUGACUGAGAACACACUGAAAUCGUCCUCUGGGGAGCCAGAUCAGCUGGAGGCCAGUCUGAGGCAGCUGGAUCAGGCUCUGGACGCUGGACGAUAUCACCUCCAGCAGAGAGAGGCCAACGCCAACCGCUCCAGCCCUGAAAUUGACUCCACAUACAUGGGCUAUAUGCGUUUGAUGGGAGAGUGUCGAGGCAGCAUAGACGCUGUGAAGAGAACAGAGGAAGAACUCACUGAAGACGAGGAUGACAUGCCAGGCCUCAACAAGCCCACCAGCACAGACACUCAGAGCGCUGGUGUGAUUGAGCGCUGGGAGCUGAUCCAGGCUCAGUCACUAAGCGAGAAACACAGACACAAACAGAACCUGCAGCAGUGGCAGCAGCUGAUCUCAGAUGUGCAGACAAUGAGAACCUGGCUGGGUCAGUCUGAGGCGGAACUGAGGCAGCUGCGAGGGCUUGAGCUCAGCACUGACAUACACACCAUCCAACAGAGAAUCAAGACGCUCAAGGAGCUGCAGAGGGGCAUGGACGCCCACAAAUCGGAGGUUCUGUCCAUCAACCUGAGCAGCGCAGACUUUCUCCAGACAGAGCCCGACUCUGAGGAAGCCUGGGAACUGAGGGACACGCUGAAAGAGAUGAACUCGCGCUGGGAUCAGCUCGGUAACUCACUGGAGGACUGGAGGGAGGAGCUGCAGAGGGCGCUGAUGCAGUGCCAGGAGUUCCAUGAGAUGAGCCAUGGUCUGCUGCUGUGGCUGGAGAACAUCGACCGCAGGAGGAACGAGGUGGUGCCAGUCCCUCCCAGAGUGGAUCGUGAGACAUUACAAGCUCAUCACAAGACUCUCACGCAAAUUAAGCGCGAGCUGCUGGACUCGCAGCAGAAGGUGUCUUCCCUUCAGGAGCUCUCGUCGCACCUGCUGGUCAACACGAGGCCUCAGACUCUGCUGCUGCAGUCACAAACCCCGGAGCAGAUCCAGCCGCUGGGCAGCGAGUGUCUGGAGGCUCAGGAAAAGGUGCAUGUGAUCUGGAAUAGGCUGAGGCUGCUCCUGAGGGAGGUCAACUCAGACCUGGAGGGUCUGGAGAGGAGACUAGAGGCUGUGGACGUACAGCAGGAUUCUUUGCCGUCGCCUGCUGUCAAAUCAGAAGUCUGUGGAUCAGCUGGUCCUGUGACAGACGUGAACGUCCAAAGCCGCAAACGACUGCCCCGAGGCAAAAGUAGUCAGGCCCACCCAGGACACGCUGAGAGCGGCCCGCGCCACAGCCGGAACAGAUCACCAGGCGCCGCUGGCUGCGUUUCCUCCCGUUCUGACCUCCCGGAUGGUAACGUCUCCUCUUCGACCUCGUCCUCCACCUCAAAGGGCCAGUCCUUCCUGCUGCGCGUCCUCAGAGCUGCGCUCCCCGUCCACCUGCUUUUGCUGCUCCUCAUCGGUCUCGCCUGCCUGGUGCCCAUGACCGAGGAGGACUACAGCUGCCACCACGCCAAUAACUUUGCUCGCUCCUUCCAUCCAAUGCUGCGUUACACCAACGGACCUCCGCCCAUUUGAGGAGCACAUGAAUUUCGUAACGUACUGCUUUGCCAAUGACUCAGCUGACUCCUGUGAAUGUUUCUUUCUUCACUCCGUGCCCUAAAGCUAAAAACUAUUAACCCCUGCUGGAGAGCCACAUCCAUCAUGAAGUGUGUCAGAGAAGAUAUGAAGACCCUCCCUCAUGAACGUUGCACAUCCAUUCUCCUUUAGUCACCUCAACCCUUUAAAUCACCAACUCUCCAGAAUAAAUGGACCUUUCCAUGGAGUCUCCUCCCUCUCCUCACCUGAAAUGUAUAUAUUAUUUUUUCAAGGUUUCUGAAGAAGCCUGUGAACUCAAUUUAAAAAAAAACAACAAAACAAAGCACUAUAUAUAUAAUCUUAUAUUUUGGGAGCCAAAGUCGACCAUGCUUUUUUUUGUCCAUGAUAUCCAGUGCUGCUACUAUUUAUUUAGUGUUAAAUCAGUUCAUAGAUUGUUAGUAUUGAUGAAGAUGAAGCUCCACCGCUGUGGGACAUUGACCUGUUAAAUUGUCUAGACUAGAAUCAGUUUGAAUCAUCGUCCAGGAGAAGAAAACACAUUUGAAGAACGCAUCAAAACAAAAUGACUGAAACAGCACAGAAGCAAACUCAACAGGAAGGAUGAAACUGAGCUUCUCUUUUUUUUUUUUUUGAUUGACACAAAUGGAAAGACCCAGUGUUAAUCUGAACCUCGAGCACUGACGCGAGCACCGUCUAUGGUACUGCACUGAAGCCGUCCAGCCAACAUGGCCGACUUCUUUCCCCAAGAGCCAAGGCUUAUGUUCCUGUUUUUAAUUUCAGUAUUUAAUCAACCGGAGCCGAUA